CCCCAAGGUUUCAAAGCCUGAAAAUGCCCAAACUGGAAGUGCAACCAGAUGUCUAACCCCAGAAUUCAUAAUCUGUCCACUGUACUGCCCCGCCUCAGCGAAUAGCUGCCGGGAAUUUGGUUUGCCUUUUCCACCGACCACAACUACACAUAAAGACAAUUACACGGACACUGAGGGUGGGGAACUACACAAACACAAUUACACUGACGGAAAGAGGUGGGGUUAUAUGGCGGCCAGCCUGGGAUAAGAGGUGGCUGAUGCAAUGACUGGCCAACGGCUUGGUGGAAGAGGACAGGGAGGUUAUAUGGUGGUUACUCUGGGUUAAGGGGUGGCUGAUGCAAUGACUGGCUAAUGGCUUAGUUCUCAGGAUAGUUUCAUUGUUCUCAACUCGCCCCACCAGCCAACUGGCCCCUGAUUGGACAGUCUCCUCAAGGAGGUUGGUCAAGAGGCUCAAGGUUUCUGAGAAUCUGGGUGAUUUCUAAAAAGGGUGGGAUAAACAAGAAAGAAAAGUGAAGAGCCUUUUUUAAAAAGGAAACUGAAACAAAGAGGGGAAGAGUAUUAAAGACAACUUCUGGCUGGCCAGGCAUUCACAGCUGCUCAACUGCCCAGCGUGACCAGUGGCCACCUCUGCAGUAUCUCCCACAACCUAGUCUUGUCUCAACUGCUGGACGAAUCUUCUGACCCUCUCGCCAGUUGUGAACAUAGUUCCUAAAAUAUGGCGGACGUGCCCAACGGCAAGUCUUGUGCCUCUCCAGUGGAGCUGUUUAACAGCAUAGCUACACAAGGGGAGCUCGUGCAGUCGCUCAAAGCUGGAAAGGCACCAAAGGAUGAAAUUGAUUCUGCAGUGAAGAUGUUGCUAUCUUUAAAAAUGAGCUACAAAGUUGCCACAGGGGAAGAUUACAAAGCUGACUGCCCUCCAAAGAACACAACACCUGAGAAUAAUCAAGGAUCAGAUGCCACAGAAGUGGAAGAGGAUUUUGUGGACCCAUGGACAGUACAGACAAGCAGUGCAAAAGGCAUUGACUAUGAUAAGCUCAUUGUUCGAUUUGGAAGCAGUAAAAUUGACAAAGAGUUGGUAAACCGAAUAGAGAGAGCCACUGGCCAAAGACCACACCGCUUCCUGCGCAGAGGCAUCUUCUUCUCACACAGAGAUAUGAAUCAGGUUCUUGAUGCCUAUGAAAAUAAGAAGCCAUUUUAUCUCUAUACGGGCAGAGGUCCCUCUUCUGAAGCAAUGCACGUAGGUCACCUCAUCCCAUUUAUCUUCACAAAGUAUGGCUAUGCCGUGGAGAAUGCCAAGGACAUCAUAGCCUGUGGUUUUGAUAUCAACAAGACUUUCAUAUUUUCUGACCUCGACUACAUGGGGAUGAGCCCAGGCUUCUACAGGAAUGUAGUGAAGAUUCAGAAGCAUGUUACCUUCAACCAAGUGAAAGGGAUUUUCGGUUUCACUGACAGUGACAGCAUUGGGAAGAUCAGUUUUCCUGCCAUCCAGGCUGCUCCCUCCUUCAGCAACUCAUUCCCACAGAUCUUCCAAGACAGGACGGACAUCCAGUGCCUUAUCCCAUGUGCCAUUGACCAGGAUCCUUACUUUAGAAUGACGAGGGAUGUUGCCCCUAGGAUCGGCUAUCCUAAACCAGCCCUGCUGCACUCGACCUUCUUCCCCGCUCUGCAGGGUGCCCAGACCAAAAUGAGCGCCAGCGACCCCAACUCCUCCAUCUUCCUCAUUGAUACCGCCAAGCAAAUCAAGACCAAGGUCAAUAAACAUGCAUUUUCUGGAGGGAGAGACACCAUUGAGGAACACAGGCAGUUUGGGGGCAACUGUGACGUGGACGUGUCUUUUAUGUACCUGACCUUCUUCCUCGAGGAUGAUGACAAGCUAGAGCAGAUCAGGAAGGAUUAUACCAGUGGAGCCAUGCUCACCGGGGAGCUCAAGAAGACGCUCAUAGAGGUUCUCCAGCCCUUGGUAGCUGAGCACCAGGCACGGCGCAAGGAGGUCACAGAUGAAAUAGUGAAAGAGUUCAUGACUCCCCGGAAGCUGUCCUUCGACUUUCAGUACUAAUGCUUAUUUUAUAUAUACAUAUAAACACAUGUAAUGUGUCAAUAAUCCCAGCCCAAUGAAAGCACCACUAUAGGUAGACUUCUGUUCAAUGGUAAUUACUGGGCCUGGUGUCUAUAAGCCCUAUGUAUGUUCUCAAUACUGUUCCUGUGAA